UUCUAUCGAAGCUACUCCUCCAGGCCUUUCCGGAAGAGGCCGGAGGAAGGGAAGCGCGGGGGUGGAACAAAGAAAGAUGACAUCCAGAGAUCAAAAGAAGGCUGUCUUGCAUGAGAAGCUGCAGCUGCUUCGAUCUGUCACCAACUCCAGCGCACUAAGCAAAGCUUCUAUUAUAGUGGACGCGUCAAAAUACAUCCAAGAGCUGAAGCAAAAGGUGGAAGCAUGCAAACGAGAUCUCGCGGAGGAAAGCUCCCUCCCCAUGGUUACUGUCGAAACCCUAGAAAAGGGUUUCUGGAUCAAUGUAUUCUCCGACAAGAACUGCCCGGGCAUGCUUGUCUCCGUUCUCCAGGCAUUCCAGGAACUUGGUCUUGAUGUGCUGGAUGCGACCAUCUCCUCCGCCGACUCAUUUCGUCUUGAAGCUGUUGGAGGAGAACCGCAGAAUGAGAGCGUGGAUGCACAGAUGGUGAGGCAAGUAGUGGUGCAAGCUAUUAAGAAGUGUAUGUGAAGUUAAGCAACGAGCAAAACCAGAAGGAGAAUGGAGGAGCAAAAGGGUCUCUAAAAGAUGGGAGAAAAAUAGUAGAACAGAAUUGUGCAGCUUUCUCCAAAGUGCAAGCGAGCAUAUAAAUUGUUUCUAUUGUUUUCUGUCAUUCUGCCUUCCAAUAUCUGCAACCAAAAAAAGCAGUCUUUUACUGUCUCAAAGGAACACAUAUAAUGAUGGAUUGUGUAUAUAAAUAAGUAGAUAGCAGAAAUAAUUAAUUACUAAUAUUUUAUGCAA